GGCUGCGAGUCAGCGUCGAGGAUCACACUUCCUGGGCGUCGUAAUAUUGCGCGAAACUUUGUUCUAGGGCAUGAAAUGCUCAUGGACCACUAUUUCUCCCCGCAAUCCGUCUAUCCAGAAAAUUUAUUCAAAAGAAGGUUCCGGAUGCCGAAACGUAUGUUUUUGCGCAUCUUGGAGGACAUCACAGCCGACAACGACUAUUUUAAGCUGAAGUGCAAUGCUGCUGGAAAACCUGGGCUGUCCGGUAUCCAAAAGCGCGCAGCAGCCAUCCGUCAACUAGCCUACGGAACUGCUUCCGAUGCUACUGACGAAUAUAUUCAAAUCGGUGAAUCGACAGCCAACGAGGCUAUGAAGGAGUUUUGCCGCACGCUACUCAAACUAUACCGUGAGAUUUUUUUUGCGUCCACCGAACGAAAGCCAGAAGGCUGCAUUAGAAGAAGAAAACGCGAGCCGGCGGUUCCCUGGAAUGAUUGGCAGUAUCGACUGCAUGCAUUGGGAGUGGAAGAACUGCCCAGUUGCCCUAAAAGGCCAAUACCAGGGCAAAGAAGGCAAAGCAACGGUUGUACUAGAGGCAGUGGCGAGCUAUAAUUGUCGGAUAUGGUAUUGUAAUUUCGGAGCUGCGGGAAGUUGCAACGACAUUAACAUACUAGACAAUUCACCACUAUUAGAUGAAAUAAAACAUGUAAGUAUAUUGAUCUAUCUGAGUUAAGUCAAAU